GCCAGGCUGGAGAGGGCUCCUGAGGACCCUGUGGCUGUACGCGGGCAGGGGGCGCCGGGACCCCGGCCCGGGAGAAGGUCUAGCACUUGCAGACAUCAACACAAUGAGCUUCGUGGCCUAUGAAGAGCUGAUCAAAGAGGGUGACACAGCCAUCCUGUCACUGGGUCAUGGCUCAAUGGUGGCAGUGCGUGUGCAGCGUGGGGCACAGACCCAGACCCGGCACGGUGUCUUGCGGCAUUCAGUCGACCUCAUUGGCCGUCCCUUUGGCUCCAAGGUGAUCUGCAGCCGAGGUGGCUGGGUGUAUGUGCUUCACCCCACACCUGAGCUCUGGACGCUGAACUUACCACAUCGCACACAAAUCCUCUACUCCACUGACAUCGCCCUGCUCACUAUGAUGCUGGAGCUGCGGCCUGGCUCUGUGGUCUGCGAGUCUGGCACUGGUAGUGGUUCUGUGUCCCAUGCCAUCAUCCGCAGCAUUGCCCCCACAGGCCACCUGCACACAGUGGAGUUUCACCAGCAGCGGGCAGACAAAGCCAGGGAGGAGUUCCAGGAGCAUCGAGUGGGCCACUGGGUGACAGUGCGCACCCAGGAUGUGUGCCGCAGUGGCUUUGGUGUGAGCCACGUGGCUGAUGCUGUCUUCUUGGACAUCCCAUCACCCUGGGAGGCUGUGGGCCAUGCCUGGGAUGCCCUCAAGGUUGAAGGUGGGCGUUUCUGCUCCUUCUCACCAUGCAUUGAGCAGGUGCAGCGCACAUGCCAGGCGCUGGCAGCCCGCGGCUUCACGGAGCUGAGCACCCUGGAGGUGCUGCCACAGGUCUACAAUGUGCGCACUGUCAGCCUGCCCCUGCCUGACCUAGGAGCCAACGACCCACAGGCCAGCACAGGCACUCCUGCCAACCCUGACGCCAGCCCCUUCCGCAGCGGCACACCCAUGAAGGAGGCUGUCGGCCACACAGGCUACCUGACUUUCGCCACCAAGACCCCAGGCUAACAGGUCCUGGGGGGAGCGCCAAGGAGCUGGGAGCAUCCUGGGGCAAGAGGAAGGCCAGGGGCCACCUUUUAUGGCAGUGGAUGCCUGCUGGGGUUUGUGUUUAGAAACAGAUGGUGGGGCGGGGCUUGGGGCCUCCUGGGUGGCCAAAGGGGCAGGCAAGAAGGGCUGGCCGUUAUCAUCAUCUGUGGAAGGAGUACUUCUGCCCGCAUCCCUGCCGAGCCCAGAAUCUGGUCUGACUGCUUUUUGUAGUCAGUGUGAAACCUCACUGCCAUAGGUUCUCCUGGGUGUUGAGGCUAAGGAGUGACAGGGUCUAACUCCUUUCUCAGGUGGACCUAUGGGAGAAAGGGGUGGAGGAGGGUCAGAGCUUGCAGUGUCUCAUAGGGCUGGGGACCAUCCCACCCCUGAGCCACUGGUGGUCCUGGGGCUUGGCAGGAAGCCAUGGUGGAGCUGACCUGGAGAAUGCUGCCCUACCCUGCCCAUCUCUGCCUCUCCAGUUGCUGUGAGGACUGUGCUUACCCAGGAUGCUGGGGAGGUGACCCUGCUGUCUGGCCUCCAGGUACCCAGGCCUCAGGUAUUCUCACAUCUAGGGGCAGGAUCUCCUGCCACCAACCCCCAGGAGGAUCAUUCUGCAGCCCUGGCCCAGCCAGAGCCCUUUAUGAGUUAUCUUUGGGGUCAUGCUGCAGCCUGACCUGCAGAGGAAUUGCCCAGUAUGAUGGUUAUUUGCUUCUGGUGACCGACCCUGGGCCUUCCUUGGCUUGUGGAGGAGGUCCUCCAUGGGGACAGUAGUUCCCAAAAUCUCCAAAGAGGGCACCUUUAUCACUACCUCUGGAAGACUUAGGGCAUGUUUCUCAAGGAGUGGGGGACAUGAAGGGUGAGUCACCAGGGCUUUAGUCCCUGGUGGUCACCCCGGUGCAUGGCCUUGGGCCUGUGUCCAGCGCUGAGGCCACUGGUGCAGAGCUAGCCGUCAGAGCCUCAGGUGUCAAGCCAGCACGGCUCGCUCCCAUGUAUGCCUAAACAAUAAAUGUGCUCUCCAGCUAUGC